UGUAAUAAAAAAUAUAGCAGGAGAAAGAGUUGCCAGUCGAUGCCACGAUGAUGCUCGCCUCCAGUUCUUCCUUCGCCGCCCGUGACCUAUCCUCCUUUUCCCCUUCCCAUCAGCUCAUCUUCGUUUCCUCACCGAUCCAGAGCCUUCUCUCCACCCGUCCUCUCCUUCGGCUCUGUCCCGAGGCGAAGAGGAGAAUCCCGUCGAUCGCCGCCUUCUGUGCUCCGAUCCGGGGACCGGAACCAUCGAAGGGGAUGGCGGUGGUGGAAGAGGUGGACCGGUUUGUCGAGGUGGCCAACAAGGUCGCCGAUUCAGCCGGUGAGGUGCUCCGAAAGUACUUCCGCCGGAGCUUCGUGAUCAUCGACAAGGAUGAUCUCAGCCCAGUGACGAUUGCGGAUAGGGAGGCUGAGGAUUCCAUGGUUUCGAUCAUAUUGGAGACCUUUCCUCGGCAUGCUAUUUUCGGGGAGGAGAAUGGUUGGAGAUGCAAGGAGGAGUCUGCUGACUAUGUCUGGGUUCUGGACCCAAUUGAUGGCACUAAGAGCUUCAUUACGGGGAAGCCUUUGUUUGGUACUCUCAUUGCCCUUCUGCACAAAGGGAAACCUAUUAUUGGCAUUAUCGAUCAACCAAUUUUAAGAGAAAGAUGGGUUGGAGUUGCUGGGAGAAGAACAACAAUGAAUGGAGAGGCAACUUCAACACGUGCAUGCAGCAAACUAUCCCAAGCUUACUUGUACACAACAAGUCCUCAUCUCUUUAGUGGGGAUGCAGAAAAAGCAUUUUGGCGUGUAAGAGAUAAGGUAAAAGUUCCACUAUAUGGAUGUGAUUGUUAUGCUUAUGCUCUACUGGCUUCUGGAUUUGUCGAUCUUGUUAUAGAGUCCGGGCUUAAGCCCUAUGACGUCCUCUCAUUGGUACCUGUAAUAGAAGGCGCUGGAGGAUCAAUAACUGAUUGGAAAGGGCUUGACGUUCAAUGGGAUGCCGUUCUCAAUUCACAUCCAGCAAGUUUUAAUGUCAUCGCGGCAGGGGACUCCAAUAUCCACAAGCAAGCUUUGGAUGAACUACAGUGGAAGUAAACUCGACAGGUAGAUGCUGUUACUUUAAAAUGGUUGAUUAGCAUCUGAAAGAGUGAAGGAUGACAUGAUUUAGCCAAUGUUUGGUCACAGUUCCUAGUUCCUUGCAGAUGAUAGUCUGUUGGGAAUCAUUCCCCAAUUGUUAAGGUGAACAAUGGUAGUAAAUAACUUAAAAGUUAGUGAUGGUUGCGUAGUCUGGAAAAACAUGUUCAGUUCAAUUUAUGCUUUUCUUCAGCCAUUAGUUCCUAGGGUGUAUUUAUUUUUUUAAAACAUGUAAACUCACACAGCAGCCACUGGUGCCAAAUCUAAUUUUACUUUCAAGUUUUUGUCUCACAACAA